AUGGGCAAGCCAAGACUCAUCAUCCUCGUCCGCCAUGCCCAGAGCGAGGGAAAUAAGAACCGUGCAAUUCACCAAACUGUUCCCGACCACCGUGUGAAGCUCACCAAAGAAGGUAACCGCCAGGCCCUCGAAGCUGGUGACCGCCUCCUCAAGCUCCUCCGUCCCGAAGACACCGUCCAGAUCAUCACCUCGCCCUACACACGAACCCGUGAGACCACCGCUGGUAUCGUCCAAUCCCUGACACCCCACCCCAACAGCAGCACCAUCAAAGUCUACGAAGAGCCUCGCAUCCGUGAGCAAGACUUCGGUAACUUUCAACCAUGCAGCGAGGAGAUGGAACGGAUGUGGCACGAGCGUGCAGCCUACGGGCACUUCUUCUACCGGAUUCCGAAUGGUGAGAGCGCCGCGGAUGCAUAUGAUCGGGUCUCGGGGUUCAAUGAGAGUCUUUGGCGACAGUUUGCGGAGGAUGACUUUCCGAGUGUGCUUGUGCUUGUCACUCACGGGCUUAUGACCAGGAUCUUCCUGAUGAAAUGGUACCAUUACUCUGUCGAGCACUUUGAGGACCUUCGCAAUGUCAACCACUGCGAGUUCGUACUGAUGGAGAAGGACCCCCAAACCGACAAAUACAUCCUGCAGAACACGUUACGUACAUGGUCCGCCUACCGCAAAGAGCAGGAAGAAAAGCGCGCCAAGGAGGUACCCCUAGAGAUCAAGAAGCUCGAGGCCGCCAUGGCCGCCCGUCUGACCUAUGGCGGCUGCGUCAACGGGUGCAACCACCCCAAGAAUGGAUUCUCGUCCAAGGAAGUCACCGCCCAGACGCUGCGAGACAAGCUCAAAGUCAUUGAGGCCGGGCGCGACUUUGGGGGCAGCCGCAGUGGCGCUGGGAGCAGGGUAUGCAGUGAUGAUGAAGCGAGUGGCGGCGAAGAGGAGCGCCCACUGAUAGAGGGUGUCGGCGGCGGGUAUAAAGGUCGGGGUGGCGGACACAGCGGCGAGCCCAGCAACGUGAUAGAAGAUAUAGUGAUGCAGGACCAAGUGGUGGUGAGCAACGGUAGUGGGGUUAAGUUGUAA